UAUACACACACACGUUUAAAUUAUGAUAUUUUUAAAUAAUUUUCUGAGAUAUCAAAAACAUACAUUUAUCAAUAACACACUGGAAAGUAUACAUGGAUUUCAAAUUUAAAAUAAUUGAAAUAAAAACCCUAAAUAAACAUCACAAGAAUUUAAAAAGGAAAAUAGGAAUUUUAAAAAAUUUAAAAUAAGGCAGGUGGCAAGUCAACAGUGGUUUGUUCAAACCCUGCUUGUUCUCAAAAUAAAAUAAAAAUUAAAAGAAUUACUUACAUUUAGUAAAUGUUAUUGUAAAAUCAAUCAAUCCAAUAUCACAAGUGUAAUUUUCAAGUCAGCAGUGUUUGGAAUAUAAUAUGAAUUUACGAUAAUUUUUUUCCCCCAUAGUCGCUCUUUUUUUUUUUUUUUUUUUUUUUUUUAAGAACUCAAUGAACUUUUCCGGGUACUGGCUGCUUGCUCUUAGGUCAAAAGUGUGACAGACAGCCAUGAGCAAAAAGAAAUGUGAAGAUAGAAAUGGUUAAAAGCCUUGCUUGUAAAAAUGAGUCAUAAUAAUUCCAGGCCUCACCCCCAAAUUAGGAGCAUCCUACCUUCUACUACAUUUGAAAGCUUGACACCCAUCUCAGUGUUUUGAGUGAGUGAGUUGGUGGGUGGUUAUUAGGUUAGGGGGGGUCCCUCUCCCAACUGGCUCCCCACUCUCUCAUCUCUCACGCCACCCGGAAGGGGCGGGCCACCCAACAUCCCUUCAUUAGGAAUGACUCUCUCUUUUUUUUUUCAUUAAGUCCAAUUGGAGCCGAGUGCUGCCGUCUCACGCAACACGCACACACAUGCAAGUGAAGCAGUGAAAGGGGGUGCCGUGGAGGAGGGGGAGUGGCUGGUUGACAUUCUUGCUGGCUUUUAAUGGGAAUGAAUGCAGCCAGGAGUCCAUAAAGAGUGCCCAAUUACCGAGGGAAACGCAAAGAGGUCCACAUGACGUGAUCCCUUUAAUGGAGGUGUACAACAAGAGCUAUUGUAAGCCUCGGGAGAUAGUGGUGGAGAUCCUGCAGGAGUAUCCAGAAGAAGUGGAGCACAUAUUCUUCCCGUCGUGCGUGGUGUUGACGCGCUGCGCCGGCUGCUGCACCGACGAGAGGCUCCAGUGUACGCCUACGUCCAGCCACAACGUGACAUUGGAGAUUAAAAGAAUAGCAACUUUAAGGCAACAGAAUGAUAUCUACAUGAGUUUCACAGAACACAGCGCAUGCGAGUGUAGGUUAAAGAAAGAAGUGAAAGAGCUGCAAGAAAAACAAUCCCGGCGAGGCCCAUCUAAUGGCCAAAAACGAAAGCGAAAGAAAAACCCAGACAUAACAAUUGGCGACGUGUACGUCAGCUCCGCCUUCUCCGCCUCCCUGCACCUGAGUGUCGUGCUUCUCGUAAUUAGGACGGCUUGGGAAGAGAUCCUUUGCCUCUUUUAACGUCCAUUAGCAUGUCGCUAACGUGCCCGUCCUGCUUCCACUAUGUCAUUUCACGCCUUGUAGUGUUUUGCUAACGUCGGCAUAUGACGCUAACUGCUAAAUUCAUUCAUCUCAGCCCAUCGAGACUAAUCAAUCGUCCCCUGACAAUCAGCGCACCAGCAGAAAAAAAAAAAAAAAAAGUAAAAGCAGAUGUUUGUGUUCCUUGAGACAUUUCAAGUUUAGAUGAGUGAUAAAAGACGAGCAAGAAUAAACGCAUUUUAGCGGUUGUCGUUGUUGCGCCGCUAUCAGCGGGAUCGUAAUCACCGUGUUUAGUCUGUUUCGCUUUGCUGUGUCUCGCUUCUGACUCCUUCGCCCUCUUUGUACUUUUCAUCUUUUUUUUUUUCUCUCCCCUGCGCAUAAUGCUGGUACGCUUUCAUUGUCAGUUUCAGAUUAUGAAUGAUAGCUAUCUGCUACGGGCCAUUUGUAAACUCGACCGAUUGUGCACCGAGUACUGUCUUUGUGUUGCCGACCGAUCUCUUGCACCGUAACAAUUCCGCCUUCAUUUUGUGUCUCAAGUGUGAUUGUUGGUUUGUCAACAGUGAUGGAGUAGUUCUUUCAUCUUUUUCACAAUAAAAUGAAAUGUUCUAAGGCACAACAAGCGGAUUCCUGAGUCUUCUUUGAUGACAUUUGAUGGAUAACAGUCACCAAACACUUAUGACGAUAGACAGGCAAACCCAUGAGUUAAAGGUAACAAAAACAAGCCUACAGCUGUUGCCAUUGUGACUCAGCUUGGGCGAUUUGAGACUCAUAAGUCAAGGUAGCACCGCACCUUGUGUAAUGCAAGCCAGACUGUCACAUGCUACGCAAACAUUUGGAACAGCAAACUGGGCCGUGUGACCUGAGGGUGACCGUUUUCUUGGUGUGGUAACGCAACACUCUUGAUAAUCCUCAUCUCUCUCCCUCCUUCCUUUUUUCCUGUCUGUCUAUGUGU